AGGGACGAGCUGUGGUUUAUUGAGUUCGGGCGUGGAGCAGCCUUACCGUUAACGCCCGAAGAGGCGCCAACAGACGGGGAGCCAGUGGUGCCUUGUGCCCAAGGUCGUAUUGUAAUUGAAACGAGCCAUCCAGCACCACCGCAUUUUGCCACCUGCUUAACUUACCGUCAUGCGAUAGCGAUACCAUCAACAGAAACACCGCCCACAAUAUCCCCGAAAUUAUUUCAAACGGCGAACGAAUCAUCUGCGGGCUCAACUGCCGAUCCGUCAUACGUUAGCCAGUUGAUGAGCCGCGGUGCCGUUGCAAAAGGUCUUUAUCACCGUCAGCACUCAAUAAAUCAACCACAGAGUCCGGCAAUAAGGCCUGAGGACUUGCGUGUGACACCCUGGUUCAGCACCACCGCAAACACAACGACAACAACAAUCGACGACUCGAUCACCGACUCGACCCAGGGACUUGAUCGACCUUUCGAUCAAACCAGCUCGUAUCCCUCUUCUUCAUCUUUCUCCCGUAACAAUGAUAAGUAUUAUCCAUCUUUGUCAGCAAGACCGGACCUCUAUUCAACCAGAGGCAGCAGCAUUGACAGCGACAGCGUGCCAAUUAAAAUUAUAUCCUCAGCCCCGAGGAAAGCUUACAUGGAUUUAAGUGACGCUAUUGCGUUGCUCGACGAAACUUGUCCCAAUCCAGACGCGAGUCCCUCGUUGACACCAAGAACACCCAGAACGCCGCUCAAUUUAAACAACUCGAGAAACAAACGCGCGCGUUCUAAAAGUAGCGACAAUUCAUCAAAUUACAGCAACGAACGUCUUAGCGAUCGUUCGUCGACCACUGACAGUUGCAAAGAAAAACGACGGCCAUUUUUACAAAAAAUCGGUAUUUCUAAAACAGAAGAUCGACCAUUUUUAUCUAAAAUAGCGCCUAGGAUUAUUGGAAAACCUUAUUUAGAAAAAAUAGGACCAAGCAAAGCUGUUGAGCGACCGUUUUUAGAUAAAAUAGGAUCCUCUAAAACGUUAGACAAAUUUAAUUUCGAAGCUUUGCGCGACUUGCCACGUGCUAUGAUUCGUAGAACGCAGACGAUUGUUGAACCCUCUAUUGAACGGACACGUGAGGAGCCCAGCAGAGAUGUUAUAUUAGUUGUUGAAGAAGAAGAAGUCGAAGAACCUCAACUUAAUAAUAUAUCUAUUGAUCGUAAACGCAGUGGGAAAGGUCUUUUAUUGAAGAUGUAUUCCUUUGAAACAGAAGAUCUUGAUGACAAUGCAUCGAUAAUUAAUGACACACGUGAUCCACUAAGAGCUGCGUCACUCGACAACGUCAUUGAUGCAGGACCACGUUCAUUGCCGUCUCUCGAUGACAAUACUUGUAGCAAAAUUAUUUCUAGUUCUAAAGAUACUGCCUGUUCAAAAUUACAGUCGACGUUUAUUGACGGCGCGGAACUCGUUAAAUGUCGUGUUACUACUAGCGGAGAAAUCGUGUCUUCAAGCAGCGCCGCAAAUGUUUGCGGUGCUGGUGGUAGUGCUAGUGGUAGUAUUGGUUAUCUAGGCUCACCGAGGGCCGCUGCCAGUUUGAGUAAUUCGCCUCGUUGGCCUGUUAUAAGACACGACAAACCGUCAUCAUCAGUGCAAUCUCGCACCCUCGAUCGUAAUUACAGUUCACGUGAUAUGUCGAUAAGUGACGAGGAGGCAGCACUAAUAGUACCGAAUUCUCCAACGAAACGUCGCAUAUCUAAAGUAUCACCGGAGCCACAAUUGCCAGUAAAAAUUGUGCCGGCAAAAGGAAAAAAUUCGUCAUUACCACGAGAUCUAGACGAAUCACCAACGAAAACACGCCGACAGGCUUCUGAAGAUAUUUUACCUGAUGCCAAUCAGACUAAAAAUGAUCCUGAGUUUGAAAAUUUGUCACGAGUUAAACUGCUGGAUGAUAAGACACGAAGCGCCGAGUUAAUAAUCACGUCUAAAACUCGUCGGCAAACAUUCAAUGACGCGAUUGAAAAAUUCGGUGGGUCCGACUUCGGCAGCAGGACGGCGACGACCAGACGUCAGAUAUCCGAAGAUAUUUUAGACAAGACGGAUAAGAAGGACUACAGACAUUUGAAUGAUGAACGUCGCGGUAUUUCUUCGGAUAAUUUAAUUUAUUCACGCGAGACAGUUGUGGGCUCGGCUCCGUCAGCUUCGUCAUUGGGGUACCAGAGUGGUAGUGAUUCGCCUUUUCCAAAUAGUCAACCGUCAUCGAAUAACAGUCAGGAUAUGUUGCGUGGUACAUUUAAACUUUUGCAUGACAAGUUUGAACUUCAAGAUGUACCUGCUGAAAGUUAUGCUGCUUUCAAAAGACGCACGCGAACAACUACUACUAUUGCCGGAACAGCAACGACAGUUACAGAGUUUCCGAUUGCUACUGAACGAUUUAAAUUUGUUGCCAAGGAAACUACAAUAGGUCCCAUUGUACAGGUGGGAAAGGUCUACGAAAUAAAAAAUAAUAAAACGUCAAAAGUUGUGGUAAAUAAAAAUGAAAAUCAAGCUAAAGAAAUAACUGAUAAGCAUGACAGCAAAGAAUUACUUUGUUCGAGUACGUCAGCGACGACAACGACAACGACCUCGACGACGGCAACAGCAAAGUCAGUACUGAAAAAACAAGAACGGAUUGACAAUACAAAUGAUCAGGAGGCCGACGUUGCUGGGUCGCUUCGUAAACCUAUGAGACGAAUAUUCCACGAGCCCUCGCAAGAAACUAUGGAUCUUCUGACGGAACUAAAAAGAAUAAAAAGUUUGUUGAAGACACCGUCGGAGGAGGGCAAAGAUUGGGAGCUAGAUUGUUUGAGACCCGCGAGAUUACCGAAGAAAAUUUCACUUUCUGAUAAAGAAUUUUGUCUGUCUGUUGAUCGCGAGAACAGCAUUCGCAGACCCUCGGUAUUGAGGAUUGAUAAUAAAGAAAAGAAGACAGAGAUAGAGGAAGAGGAGCAUAAAGAUAAAGAUAAGGACAGAGACAGAGACAGAGGCGGCAACGAGGUAGUGAUAGAUGAUAACAAUAAAGAAGGCUGUAUAAUUACAAGUGUUGCAGAGCAUCCAUGCGGACCAGCUUUAUUUGAAAAACGAUGUUUGUCAUUGGAUUACGCUGAUGAUGUUAAGCCAAUUAAACCGGAUGUACGAGCUAUAUCCCUCGCAUCAGCACGUACUCCUAGGUCGGCAACUGACGAGACUAUUGAUUCGUUUUAUCCAGAUAAUAUUAUUUAUGACUCGAAAAAUUGUCUAUCAGAUGUUUUUACUUCGUCACCGCCACCGGGCGAAUCAAAGUCUCGGACUAGUCCUAGUUCUAGUCCUGUUGGUGUAAACAGUGAAAUUUCAAAUAAAGUUUGCAAAAGUGAUGAUAGAGAAAUGGGUAAAAAUUGUCUGGAUGUUGACAUUGCGAUACCGGUUGAUCAAACCGGGUCUGUAAGUCCCAAAAGAGGGGACAAAAUCCAAGGGAGGACGAGCGAUUUGUACGAAAUUAUUUCCCCGAGGUCUACGCCGUUUCGAGUUAAAAAAAGAUUGGGGAGGAUCUCUGUUGAAGACGGCGUUAAGCCGGAAAGUUUUACUAUUGAUAAGGUCGAUUGUAGGUCAGUCGUAACACAAAAAAAGACCAAGUGCUUCCCCUUGUAACGGCUUCCUCUCGGCCAGCCUGCGGCCGGCGGGUAAAACCAUUUUUUUUUGCCUUUUUUUAUAAACGCGGGCUCCGGACCAUUUUUGUAUUUUCUUACUACGUUAAGGAAAUAAUUGUCUUUAUUAUUUUUAUUUGGAAUCAUUUUAAUGAUCGUUUACUUUUUUUCAGACUGGAUCACCAGGUAAUUGUUUUUUUAAACUCUAAUAUGAUUAAUUUGCUCUUUCAACUUUUUGUAUUAUUUUUUAAGUCUUGUCGUAAUUAAUUUACCAAUUAUGUUAUAAAUAAUGUAAUUAUGAUUUAAGAUAUAGAAGACGCUAAUUAAUCUGAUUAGAGUAUUUAUUUUAUUUGGUAAAAAGAAAAACUGUUUACACUGAGCGGAAAAACGAAUACUUUUUUUGUGUAAAGAAUUUAUUAUUUAAUUUAAUUAAAUUCAAUGGAAAAAAAAAGUUUUUAAUUUGAUGGCAAUUUAGAGAGAGAAAAUGAAUGAUAGGUUUCAAUAAAUUAUGGGAAUUCCCAUGGGUGUAUAGGAACCGUUCUUACAUAUUUUAAGAUAUAUUAUAAUAAUUGGAAGCGUUCCCAUAAUUUUAUGGGGGCCAUUUUUAUGCAUUGUGAGAAUGAUUCCCAUACAAAUUUAGUAACGGUUUCUACACUCACAAAUAAAUGGUCCUUAGACAUUGCAGGAAAUAUUACUAUAAUUAUGAAAAAUGUCCCCAUACUUACGAGACUAGUCAUCAUAAUAUAUAGGACUAUUUUUCAUAAUAAAUAAAAAUAAUUUCCAUGGAAGUCAAAGAACCAUUUCAUGAUCCAUAGAAAUGGUCAUUAUAUUUAACGAAUGGUCCCAAUAUUUAUAUGGGCAUUGCUUUUUAUAGGUUAUGGGGUGUUCCUAGUUUGAGGUCCACUCUGAUAAUGUAGACUAUGAUAUUUAUCAUAAUUUGGAAAUAUUUCCCAUAAUAUAUAAGGAAAAUUACCAUUUAUUUAUAAGAACCAUUUUUAGUUUAUUG